AUGUUACAUCUUUUCACAGCACUCCGCUCAGCCCGCCCCGUCCCCUCGUUCAGCAUUCUCAGUAGACAAGCAUUCCACACCACUACGGCGUGCAAAGUCGCCGCCUCGCCUUCGACAUCGGCCAGCGCGAGCGACAAUGCGGCAGCAACCCGAAUAAUCCCAGCACCGCCACCUUCCAAUGAUAUUACAACGUAUGCUAACCGUGGAUCCAACGCCCAAAGCUUGAUGCAGCCUCAUAACAAGACUGAAUAUGUUCUUUCGACCAUGGACAAGAUUGUCAACUGGGCUCAUCAGGGUUCAUUCUGGCCCAUGACUUUUGGACUGGCUUGCUGCGCCGUGGAGAUGAUGCAUAUGGCUGCUGCUCGUUAUGAUCAAGACAGACUGGGCAUUGUCUUCCGUGCCAGUCCUCGCCAGUCGGAUAUUAUGAUCGUUGCUGGAACCCUGACAAACAAGAUGGCUCCUGCAUUGCGCAAGGUGUACGAUCAGAUGCCCGAACCUCGCUGGGUCAUUUCCAUGGGUUCGUGCGCCAACGGAGGCGGUUACUAUCAUUAUUCGUACUCUGUCGUGCGAGGAUGUGACCGCAUCGUCCCAGUCGACAUCUACGUCCCUGGAUGUCCACCGACGGCGGAAGCGCUUCUCUACGGUGUCUUACAGCUUCAACGUAAGAUGAGAAGAAACCGCAAGUCUGUGCUAUGGUACCGUAUGCGAUAA